UCCCACUCCGAUGUAUCCGCCCACGUACCUGGAGCCUGGCAUCGGAAGGCACACGCCGUACGGCAACCAGACCGACUACAGAAUAUUUGAGCUCAACAAACGGCUACAGAACUGGACAGAGGAGUGUGAUAACCUCUGGUGGGACGCCUUCACCACAGAGUUCUUUGAAGAUGACGCGAUGCUCACCAUCACCUUCUGCUUGGAGGACGGACCCAAACGCUACACCAUCGGCAGGACGUUGAUCCCGCGGUACUUCCGGAGUAUAUUCGAAGGGGGCGCCACUGAGCUGUACUACGUCCUGAAACACCCCAAGGAGUCGUUCCACAACAACUUCGUGUCCCUGGACUGCGACCAGUGCACCAUGGUCACGCAGAACGGAAAGCCCAUGUUCACACAGGUGUGUGUGGAGGGGCGGCUGUACCUGGAGUUCAUGUUCGACGACAUGAUGCGGAUAAAGACGUGGCACUUCAGCAUCCGGCAGCACCGGGAGCUCAUCCCCCGCAGCAUCCUGGCCAUGCACGCCCAGGACCCUCAGAUGUUGGACCAGCUGUCCAAAAACAUCACGAGAUGUGGCCUGUCCAACUCCACCCUCAACUACCUCCGACUGUGUGUGAUCCUGGAGCCCAUGCAGGAGCUGAUGUCCAGACACAAGACGUACAGCCUCAGCCCCCGGGACUGCCUCAAGACCUGCCUCUUCCAGAAGUGGCAGCGGAUGGUCGCUCCCCCAGCGGAGCCGGCCCGCCAGGCCCCCAACAAGCGGCGGAAGCGUAAGAUGUCGGGCGGCAGCACCAUCAGCGGGGGCGGGACCAACAACAACAGCAACAGCAAGAAGAAGAGCCCCGCCAGCGGGUUCCCGCUGUCCAGCCAGGUCCCGGACGUGAUGGUGGUGGGAGAGCCCACCCUGAUGGGCGGGGAGUUCGGCGACGAGGACGAGCGCCUGAUCACGCGGCUGGAGAACACGCAGUUCGACGCGGCCAACGGGCUGGACGACGAGGACAGCUUCAACAACUCCCCGGCGCUGGGGGCCAACUCGCCCUGGAACAACAAGGCCCCCUCCAGCCAGGAGAGCAAGAGCGACAACCCCACCUCCCAGGCCUCCCAGUAGAGCCCCCCCCCCCCCGCUCUCUCUCUGUCUCUCUCUCUCUCUCUCUCUCUCUCCACGACCCUCCCUCCAGACCCCCCCCCCCUCUCAGCCAUGUGAGCAAGACCCUACUGACCCCAGACAUCACUUAAAGAGCCCAGAUUUAUCAAA